AUGUCCCUUUUUCUGCGGUCGAAGAAUGUCAUCGUCAAGAGUGCUGAAGAGGCUUUAUGGGUGCUCAUGGGGAAGCAGCGAGUAGAAGGGAACGAGCUCAGCGAAGACGGAAGAGGCAGAGAACUCAGCGACAUCCAAGAGCUUCAUCAACCACCUACAGUACAACGCACAGCGAGGAUCCAGCCUCCUUUGCACGCCUUGAUCAUAGGCAUUGAUCGAUACCUUUCCAAACGCGUGUCCAAUCUGCGAGGAUGUGUCGCUGAUGCUGAUGCUGUGGCCGAGUACCUGCAGACUGAGCUCUCAGUGCCCGCCAAUCAGGUCACGAAUCUACGCAAUGAUCAGGCCACACGGGCUGGGAUUAUCAAAGCCAUACAGGACUUAAUUGACAGUCGGGACGUCGGACAUGGCGAUCCUAUUCUCAUUUUCUAUGCUGGGCACGGCGCGUCGAAGCGAGCGCCUACCGGAUGGAGCACGAGCACUGGUAUGAUCUCGAUGAUUAUACCGCACGAUUGCAAGAAGCCUGGACCGGACGGGCGCAAAGUUCAUGGGAUACACGAUCGGUUGCUUGGUUCACUAUUCUCAAAACUCGCCGAGAAGAAAGGUGACAACAUCACCGUUAUCUUUGAUUGCUGCUUCUCUGGUGGUGGCACACGCAAGAGCUUCUACGAACCGACGCGUCUUGUGCGCGGUAUCAGUUACGAGGACGAUCUACCGGAUGAUUUAGACGAAGAUCUAUUGGGCAAGCACGAUGCAACCCGCGCCGCAGCACCGCAGAAAGUGGCUGUUGGGCUAGCCUCGCAUGUCCUGUUAGCGGCCUGUCAGUCAGAUGAAGUCGCAGGGGAGGAGCGCGGCCGCGGUCUCUUCUCUCAAGCGUUACUCGAGACACUAAAAGCCGUUGGCGCCGAGAAGGUCACAUAUUUGGAUCUACGAAGGAGGCUGCCGGAUUUACCUGGACAGAAUCCUCAGUUUGAAGGAGCCAACAUCGACCGUCUCCUCUUCGACGCCCGCGCACCAAGCCGAGACCGUGCCCUAUUCCGCAUCAACCAGGUUGAUGGCAGUUACGUACUUGAGGCCGGUUCGGCGCAUGGUAUUACGGCGGGUGCAGUGUUCUCGGUCUACAGCACUCGCAACUUCCUAUCGAGCGAUGACCCUCUCGGGACGCUCGUGGCAUCCGCGCCCGCUGCCUUCACCACCACAAUGUCCCUGGUCUCCACACAAAGCGCACCUUUUGACAUUCCCGACCGCGCAGGCUACGCGUUGCAGGUCUCGGCCAGUCAAGACGAGGCGCUGAGAUUGCACGUCCCUUUACAGCAAGGGCUAUUGGCUGUAUUUGAAGCCAUCGCGGCGGAGCUGAACGCGCCCACGCCUGGAAAGCGCGCAAUCUUACUGGUCGAGCAAGACCGCGCCGAUCUGAGCGUGACCCUCGCCGAUGACGGCCAAAGCAUCGAGUACCUUCUCCCAUCUACGAUGAUCACUCGCUACGGCCUUACACGUCUAUACCACACGUCCCCACCACAACCACCGGCCAUCCGCCGUGUUCUACAAGCCGCUGCACACUUCUUCUGGCAUCUGCGCCGCUCACCUGAGCAAGGUCUGCUGCGGCACAAAGUCGACAUUGAGUUGCAAGUGCUGGAAUCUACGGGCGAGCUCAAUUUCGACGUGGACCAUUUUGACGACAUGGAGGUGUACCAGCCUGUCGGCGAUAAUCUCAUCCAAGAGGGAGUGGUAGACGUGGAGGUCGUCGGGGAGAUCGGGCCGAAUAAAGUUGCGAAGAACUUCGAGUCGGCAACGGUGUACGGUCUAACACUGCGCAGCAAGACCCCCGAUAUACCGUUGUAUGUCGGUCUAUUCUACUUCGAUUGCAGUGAGUUGAGCAUCUCGGAAUAUUAUGCCUCGCCUGCUACGGGACCGAGGGCCGAACCUUCUCUUCCUGCCAAUGGAAUCCUUCCUAUAGGGUAUGGAGACGGAGGCGGACGUCCCUACAACUAUUACCUGCGUCAGGGCCAAGAUCUUGAUGUCGGUUUCCUGAGACUCUUCUUGUCGGUGGAACCCAUACACUUCUCUGGCAUCGCACAGCAGAGCCCUUUCGAGCUAAAUAGCAGGCAAUUUAGAGCUGAGGCCGAACCUCUAUGGGACGCGGUAACUAUUGCCGUGGUGCAGAGGAAGCCAGGUACCAAGAUCGAAGCGCCUGUGGACACCGAGUAG